AUGGGUUGCAAUUGCUCCAAAGGAAUACGAGCAAAUGAAAUCGAAGAUAACAACAAAAAUGUCAAGGCAAGAAGAAGCAAGCCUAAGAAUAGUAACAAAACCUCAAAGAAGAAGAACAAGUCUGUUUCCUCGAUCAAAGCCAAUGUAGGAUCCGAGGAAAGAGCCGGCUUUGUUAACGGCAGCAGCAACGAAUCCACCUUGAAGUUCUUAAUACCCACAGACGCCAAGAACAAUGCUUCGUCUGACGACGGUGAGAAGAAGGAGAACCUCGAGAGAAAAUCCUCAAGAUCAAUCUUCCAGAGACGUCCCACCACUGAAAACAACAACCUAGCGACAUUGCAGCAGCAACCGAAGAUGAUUAGGAUAAACAGUGUUAGCAAUGGAGAGAAAGGAGCUCAGGUUAUGGCUGGUUGGCCUUCUUGGUUAGCUGCUGUUGCUGGUGAAGCUAUCAACGGAUGGAUUCCACGAAAGGCUGAUUCUUUCGAAAAGCUUGAAAAGAUUGGACAAGGAACGUAUAGCAGUGUGUACAAAGCCAGGGACCUAGAGACCAACCAAAUAGUUGCGCUGAAGAAAGUCCGGUUUGCUAAUAUGGAUCCUGAGAGUGUUAGGUUCAUGGCGAGAGAGAUAAUCAUCCUUCGUAGGCUUGACCAUCCUAAUGUCAUGAAGCUUGAAGGUUUGAUCACUUCAAGGGUCUCAGGAAGUAUGUAUCUUAUAUUCGAAUACAUGGAACAUGAUCUCGCAGGCCUUGCUUCAACCCCUGGGGUCAAGUUCUCUGAAGCGCAGAUUAAAUGCUAUAUGAAACAGCUGCUACAUGGUCUUGAACACUGUCAUAGCCGAGGCGUAUUGCACCGUGACAUCAAGGGAUCUAAUCUGUUGCUUGACCAUAACAACAAUCUCAAGAUUGGAGAUUUUGGUCUUGCCAAUUUCUAUGGGGAACAUCAGAAGCAGCCUCUCACUAGCCGUGUUGUGACUCUGUGGUACCGUCCACCUGAGCUUCUGCUUGGUUCUACAGAGUAUGGAGUUACUGUGGAUAUGUGGAGCACAGGAUGCAUUCUAGCUGAACUCUUUAAUGGGAAGCCUAUCAUGCCCGGUAGAACCGAGGUAGAGCAGUUGCAUAAGAUCUUCAAACUCUGUGGAUCACCUUCUGAAGAUUAUUGGAAAAGAUCUAAAUUGACACAUGCGACCAUCUUUAAACCUCAGCAUCCUUACAAGAGGUGUGUAGCAGAGACGUUUAAGAGUCUUCCUUCUUCAGCUUUGGCUCUAGUUGAGGCUCUUUUAGCUGUUGAACCAGAUGCCCGUGGAACUACAGCUGAUGCCCUUCAAAGCGAGUUCUUUACAACAAAGCCUUUUGCAAGCGAUCCAUCAAGUUUACCAAAGUACCAACCGAGAAAGGAAAUUGAUGUGAGGCUUCGAGACGAGGAAGCAAGACGAAAGAAAGGCACAAGCAGUAAACAAAAUGAGUCGAAACAAGCGUCUAAAGCUGUACCGGCUCCAGAUGCAAAUGCGGAGUUACCAGCAUCAAUACAAGGGCAGAGUAACCAGAUAAGCACGAGUGAAGUGCUAAACCCUGAUAGAGAUGGAACCGCACAAAGCGGUUACACGCGUUAUGGCAUGUCCUCGGUUAAUAGGAAUGGAGAGAGUGUUAUGAGGGGUUCGUCUCCUCCUAGAAAAGAUCUGAGGUCACAACGGUCUUUCGUGCAACGAGGAGGAGCUCAGUUGUCAAGAUUCUCAAACUCUGUAGCUGCUAGAGAUGCAUCACAUUUCGCUAUAGCGAAUCCACGGUGGUUUGAAGAUAGCUAUAACGGAAGACAAAACGAUGGUGACUGGUCCCAACGUUUGCUGGUUAAACCAAAACAUUCUACAAAAGCCAAAGAUUCUAGACCGGGCUACGGAGAAAAGACAGAGAGAAUGAACUACUCAGGGCCAUUGGUUUCUUCAGGAGGGAACUUAGAUGAAAUGUUGAAAGAACAUGAAAGACAGAUUCAGUUAGCAGUUCGCAAAGCUCGAGUGGAUAAGAAGACAAGUAGGGACAAUAAUGGACAAACUCAAGCGUUUCUUGCUCCAAACGGCAGGUGA